UUCAAUUUAUACAACAAUGAGCGGCAGAGGAAAAACCGGCGGUAAAUCAAGAGCGAAGGCUAAAACUCGGUCUUCCAGAGCGGGUCUUCAGUUUCCCGUUGGCCGUGUUCACAGGCUGCUUCGCAAAGGUAACUACGCCCAACGCGUCGGUGCCGGAGCUCCAGUUUAUCUCGCGGCUGUUCUCGAGUAUCUCACCGCUGAGAUCCUGGAGUUGGCUGGAAACGCUGCUCGGGACAACAAGAAGAGUCGCAUCAUUCCUCGCCAUUUACAGCUGGCGGUGCGUAAUGACGAAGAGCUGAACAGACUUCUCGGCGGCGUGACCAUCGCUCAGGGUGGUGUGUUGCCCAACAUCCAGGCGGUGUUACUGCCCAAGAAGACCGACAAACCCGCUAAAGCCAAAGUUAUGCUAUCUACGUGUAUAAAUGGCAGAGGUAAAACCGGCGGCAAAUCAAGAGCGAAGGCUAAGACUCGGUCGUCCAGAGCGGGUCUUCAGUUUCCUGUUGGCCGUGUUCACAGGCUACUUCGCAAAGGUAAUUACGCCCAACGCGUUGGUGCCGGAGCGCCAGUUUAUCUAGCCGCUGUUCUCGAGUAUCUCACCGCUGAGAUCCUGGAGUUGGCUGGAAACGCUGCUCGGGACAACAAGAAGAGUCGAAUCAUUCCCCGCCAUUUACAGUUGGCGGUGCGUAACGACGAGGAGCUGAAUAGACUUCUCGGCGGCGUGACCAUCGCUCAGGGUGGUGUGUUGCCCAACAUCCAGGCGGUGUUACUGCCCAAGAAGACCGACAAACCCGCUAAAUCCAAGUGAACGACUUUUUCUCCUGAAUAAUUCAAAAGGCUCUUUUAAGAGCCACCCACCUGAACCAAAAGAGAGCGAUUUUAUUCUUAAACUAUGGAGACAAACAACAAACAUAACUCUGAACUCACCUUUGCUUACUCCAGCUUUAAUCCUAGUAGAAUGGCCUUGUAAACUAACGGUACUGUUUAGUGUGUUGACAAAAUGUUUAUAUGCUCUCCUACCGGUAAGUCGCUUUGGAUGAAAGUGUCUGCCAAAUGAAUACAUGUAAAUGUAUAAAAGUAUUGGAAAACCAGAUUCUGUCUUUAAGUGAGAUGAACGUUCACGAUUUUGGGUUGGGCAGUGACCCUGGGUGCCUUAAAACUAGUGGUGUCCUUGAUGUUUAUUCGGUUGUUAUUGAGCUCCACGGGAUCGUAAGGGAAAUUAUUACACACUCCCGGCUGUUGCUGUGACCUGACUAACAAUGACACUGAUUUCGAUACCUUUCUGGAGAGCAUUUUGUAUUACAAUUACCCUUAAAUGUCAGUCAUACAAUGUCAAGAAACGAAACAAACAAAAAAACUACUCUUCGUUAAAAGUGCAAAUGUGUGUUUUCUCCUAUUUUCUUGCCAAGUCAUGGGUUCAUUACAAGUAAAAAUGAGAGGAUUUACUGUGACAAAUCUAAACAAAAGGUUUCGAGCGGGAACCGGAAGCAGUUGCAUUUCGUUUGAAAAAACGGAAACGCACAGCCAUUGGUCAGUUGUGUGCGCAGACGUCUCAUAUUAUCCAAUCACGUGCCAGCGCAAUAUCACCACCCUCUGAGGUCAUUGGCGACCAGUCUUUAUAAGCAGCAACAGAGGAGGCUUGUGUGUAUUAGUGGUGGGCGAUACUGCAAAAUUUGGUAUCGAUCCGAUACCAAAUACAUAUAGGGUCAGUAUUGCCGAUACCAAUACCAAUACGAUACUUUUUACUUAAAAAAAAUACUUUUGUGUAGGGGAGAGCAGUAUGUCAUUGUUUCUCAGGUGAAUGAAUGAUCAAUUCUUUAGACAAUA